AUGGGGGCAGGGCUUUGUGGGUGCAAUCUCACUGCUCAGUCCUGUGAAAGUUUGUCUUCAGCUCUUCAGUCAUCAAACUGUGUCCUGAGAGAGCUGGACCUGAGUAACAAUGACCUGCAGGAUUCAGGAGUGAAGCUGCUCUCUGAUGGACUGAAGAACUGUAAGCUGGAGAUACUGAGGUUGUCUGGCUGUAUGGUGACAGAGGAAGGCUUUGGUUAUUUGUCAGCAGCUCUGAGUUCAAGCACCUCAAACCUGAGAGAGCUGGAUCUGAGCUACAAUCACCCGGGAGAUUCAGGAGUCAAGCUGCUCUCUGAAAAACUGAAGGAUCCAAACUGCUCACUGGACAAACUCAAUGUGGAUCAUGGAGGAGAAUCCAGGAUUACAGCAGGAAUAAAGAAAUAUGCCUGUUCUUUCACACUGGAUCCAAACACAGCACACACUGAACUCAUUCUGUCUGAGGAGAACAGAAAGGUGACACGUGUGAGAGAGUAUCGGUGGAAUCAUCCAGAUCAUCCGAAUCAUCCUGAUCAUCCAGACAGAUUUGAUGUGUGUUCUCAGGUGUUGUGUAGAGAGAGUGUGUGUGGACGAUGUUACUGGGAGCUGGAGUGGAGUGGAGAUGUGCGUAUAUCAGUGUCUUAUAAGAGCAUCAGCAGGAAGGGAUGGGGUAAAGAGUGCUGGUUUGGAAAUAACGAUCAGUCCUGGAGUUUGUACAGCAGUCACGUAUUCAAACACAAUAACAUAAAGACUGAUCUCCCUGUAGAGUCCAUCAGCAGGAGAACAGGAGUGUAUGGUGAUAAUGUCAGUAGAAUAGGAGUGUAUGUGGAUCACAGUGCAGGAACUCUGUCCUUCUACAGCGUCUCUCACACAAUGAGCCUCAUCCACACAGUCCAGACCACAUUCACUCAGACGCUCUAUCCUGGAUUUAGGUUUACUAUUUAUCCUGGAUCAGUGAAACUGUGUUGAUGAAUCAGAAUAGACUCAUGAGAGAUUCUACCCAUAAUGCUUUGAGCUGUGUGAUAAAUCAGUGACAGUGAGAUGUUAUAGUCUCUUCAUCACAUUAAUACUGCACUUCAUGACUUAAUACCGCACUUCUGUCACUGAAAUAACAGAAUAAAUGUGUGUAAUAAAUCCUCAUAUAUGUGUGUGUGUGUCCUGCUGAGUGACGAUUCUUUGUU